GGCGGGAAAAGGGCAAGACGGGUGUGGGGAAAGGGAAGGAUCCAGGAAGCCGCGCGGGAGGGCGCGCGCGCGCGCCCCUUUUUCAGCAGUGUGGCGGGGUCGCACGCACGCCCGCCUCGGCGGCUGGGCGCGGUUUGCGACAGUGGGGGGAGUGGUGGAGGUGGCGGCGGCAGUGGCAACUUUGCGGCAAGCUCCGGACGGGCUUGCUUGACGGCGGUGUGGCGGAGGCCCCGCCCUAGGCGGCAGGAACCUGGAGGGAGGCGGAGGAAUAUGUCCGAGAGGGAAGUGUCUACAGCGCCGGCGGGAACAGACAUGCCUGCGGCCAAGAAGCAGAAGCUGAGCAGCGACGAGAACAGCAACCCGGACCUCUCUGGAGACGAGAAUGAUGAUGCUGUCAGUAUAGAAAGUGGUACAAACACUGAACGCCCUGAUACACCUACAAAUACGCCAAACGCGCCUGGAAGGAAAAGUUGGGGGAAGGGAAAAUGGAAGUCAAAGAAAUGCAAAUAUUCUUUCAAAUGUGUAAAUAGUCUCAAGGAAGAUCAUAAUCAGCCAUUGUUUGGAGUUCAGUUUAACUGGCACAGUAAAGAAGGAGAUCCAUUAGUGUUUGCAACUGUAGGAAGCAACAGAGUUACCUUAUAUGAAUGUCACUCACAAGGAGAAAUCCGGUUGUUGCAAUCUUAUGUGGAUGCUGAUGCUGAUGAGAACUUUUACACUUGUGCAUGGACAUAUGAUAGCAAUACAAGCCAUCCUCUGCUGGCUGUAGCUGGAUCUAGAGGCAUAAUUAGGAUAAUUAAUCCCAUAACAAUGCAGUGCAUAAAGCACUAUGUUGGCCAUGGAAAUGCUAUCAAUGAGCUGAAAUUCCAUCCAAGAGAUCCAAAUCUUCUCCUGUCAGUAAGUAAAGAUCAUGCUUUACGAUUAUGGAAUAUCCAAACGGACACUCUGGUGGCAAUAUUUGGAGGUGUAGAAGGGCACAGAGAUGAAGUUCUAAGUGCUGAUUAUGAUCUUUUGGGUGAAAAAAUAAUGUCCUGUGGUAUGGAUCACUCUCUUAAACUUUGGAGGAUCAAUUCAAAGAGAAUGAUGAAUGCAAUUAAGGAAUCUUAUGAUUAUAACCCAAAUAAAACUAACAGGCCAUUUAUUUCUCAGAAAAUUCAUUUUCCUGACUUUUCUACCAGAGACAUACAUAGAAAUUAUGUCGAUUGUGUGCGAUGGUUAGGUGAUUUGAUACUUUCCAAGAGUGGCCGUGCCAUUUUACAUUCCCACCAGCAAUGUAUGAAAGAUCCAGUGUCUUCGAAUCUUCGCCGGCAUUUGUCUUGUGAAAAUGCCAUUGUAUGCUGGAAACCUGGCAAAAUGGAAGAUGAUAUAGAUAAAAUUAAACCCAGUGAGUCUAAUGUGACUAUUCUUGGGCGAUUUGAUUACAGCCAGUGUGACAUUUGGUACAUGAGGUUUUCUAUGGAUUUCUGGCAAAAGAUGCUUGCAUUGGGCAAUCAGGUUGGCAAACUUUAUGUUUGGGAUUUAGAAGUAGAAGAUCCUCAUAAAGCCAAAUGCACAACACUGACUCAUCAUAAAUGUGGUGCUGCUAUUCGACAAACCAGUUUUAGCAGGGAUAGCAGCAUUCUUAUAGCUGUUUGUGAUGAUGCCAGUAUUUGGCGCUGGGACCGACUUCGAUAAAAUACUUUUUCUCAAUCAAAAUUAGAGUGUGUUUUCUGUGUACAGUAGAACUAACGUAUCUUGCUAGUAAGGGCACAUAGAGCAUUUAGAGUUGUCUUUCAGCAUUCAAUCAAGCUGAGCUGAAUGUAGUGAUGUUUACAUUGUUUACAUUCUUUGUACUGUCUCCUGCUCAGACUCUACUGCUUUUAAUAAAAAUUUAUUUUUGUAAA